AUGGUAGCCGCGGAAAAUUACAUAUGUCGUCAAGCACAAAACGAAGUCUAUGGCAAUGAGAUCAACACACUACGUGCGAACAAGUGUCUUCCGACGUCGAGCCCACUAUUUCAACUGACGCCAAAACUAGAUCCGGAUGGGAUCUUGCGUAUAAAUGGCAGAAUCGAUGCCGCAUACUGUCUGCCAGAGUGUACACGCCGUCCAAUUAUUAUACCGCAGAGACAUCGCCUUGCGUCUCUUGUCCUUCAUCGAAAGAAUCAUCACCAAAACAACAGGUUAACGAUCAAUGAAAUGCGUCAGCGCUUUUGGGUGCCACAUGCACAUGCCGUACUGAAAGCUGUAAUAAAAGGAUGUCCAGUGUGUGUACGUCAGUCGGCCAAGCCGACCACGUCUUUGAUGGGUCAGUUACCACGCGAUCGUCUAACGCCAUACGUCCGCCCAUUUUCCUAUACCGGAAUUGAUUAUUGCGGCCCGUUCUUCGUCAGCAUUGGUCGACGUCGUGAGAAGCGUUGGAUCGCCGUCUUCACCUGCCUAACCACAAGAGCGAUUCAUCUCGAAGUGUCAGUCGAUCUUUCAACCGACGCAUUCUUGCUUUGUUUGCGAAAUUUCGUGAACCGCCGGGGAGUACCAGUUCGCAUAAGAAGCGAUAACGGGACCAACUUUGUUGGAGCACAACACGACUUGGCAAAAGACGAGAGAAUUUUCGAUUUUGAAGCUAUUCAACGUGAGACGUCAAGGGACUGGAUCGAAUGGAAAUUCAGUUGUCCAGCCAAUCCAGCCGAAGUCAUUCGCAGCGCAAAAGCCGACGAGAACAUACCACAUAAACCCGCGCCUAACGCGGUUUUCUGUAAUUCGCGCCAAUCGCGGUUGAUGUAA